CGAUCAUCAAAAGCUUCACACACGUCUCUCUCCAUAACUCUUCCAUCUCAAAACGUCAAACAGUUUUUUUUCCUCUCUCCGCGUAAUCCGAUGUCGUUCGAGGAUCAACAACAAGAGGCGGAAGAGGAAGAGACAUUCGAGCACACACUCCUCGUCGUGCGCGAAGUCUCCGUCUACAAGAUCCCGCCGCGAACCACAUCCGGCGGAUACAAAUGCGGCGAGUGGCUCCAAUCCGACAAGAUCUGGUCCGGGAGACUCCGCGUCGUCUCGUGCAAGGAUCGAUGCGAGAUCCGUCUCGAGGACUCGAGCUCCGGCGAUCUGUUCGCGGCGUGUUUCGUGGAUCCGGCGAGGAGAGAGAACUCCGUGGAGCCGUCGCUUGAUUCGUCGAGGUACUUCGUUUUGAGGAUCGACGACGGGCGUGGGAAGUAUGCGUUUAUUGGGUUGGGGUUCGCGGAGAGGAACGAGGCGUUUGAUUUCAAUGUGGCGUUGUCGGAUCAUGAGAAGUAUGUGAGGAGGGAGAAGGAGAAGGAGAGUGGGGAGACGAGUGGGGAGAGUGAUGAUCAUAUUGAUAUUCAUCCUGCUGUUAAUCAUAGAUUGAAGGAAGGUGAAACCAUAAGAAUCAAUGUGAAGCCCAAACCAACAACAAGUGGCACUGGGAUGCUCUCAGCUGCUCUUUCAGGGAACGGGAAGUCUAAACCUCUAGCACUUGCCCCACCACCAAAUGCUGCUGUAAAACUCAGGUCUCCUUUACCUCCUCCACCAAAUGAUCCUGUCGCUUCAAGGAUUGCAUCUGAAGUUUCUAAGGAACCAACGGGUAACACAAGACGCAGUAACGAUCCUCUGUCUGAUCUAUCUCAGCUCAAGAAGAAUCUUCCUUCAACAAAGGGAUCAGGAGCUGCAGGUUGGGCAGCUUUCUGAUGACAAAGGAGUGUGAAAUCUAAGGUCUUGGACCCGUCCGGCUUCAUCUUCUUGUGACUUGAGAGCAAGAGACAUCAGAGGCAAGACACUAGACACCAAGACAAUCAGCAACCUGAGUUAUUUUUUACUAUAAUGUAUGUUUACUAUUAAAUUGAUGUGUGCUUCUUUGAUAUUCCAACACUCCCUGUUGUAAUAUUUUUUCUUUUCUUUUUCAUCUUUGUUACAUCUGCUGGACCUCGAGAUUUUAAUAUGUUUACGAAUGAGAAGAUUGUUACAUGUUCCAAAUAGAGAAAAAUAAAAGUCAUAUAGUUGGCGAAGUCAACAAACCUGGUUUCUGUUAACCAGUCGUUAAGUCUCUUCAACGGCCGGUUCUCACUUAACCAAAUCUCUGGUAUUUU